AUGUACGGCUGUGUUCUGUCCGUCCAGCAGUUCAGAGUGAACUGUGUGACGUUCCCUCUUCCAGGAGAAGGACCAGAACAACAGCUGCUUAAACCCAACGAGUGGAGCUACUGCGACUACUUCUGGGCCGACAAAAAGGACCCUCAGGGCGCCCCCUGUGUGCCUGGAGUAGAGAUUCUGAUCCAGAAACAGCUCAAAGGGAAACAGCUGCAGAAAGAGAUGGCCGACUUCAUCCACGAGCGGAUAAAGAUUGAAGAGGAGUACGCCAAGAACCUCUCUAAACUAUCACUCAGCCCUCUGGCCGCUCAGGAGGAAGGGACUCUGGGUGAAGCUUGGACACAACUGAAGAAAAGUCUGCACGACGAAGCAGAGGUCCAUCUCAAGUUCUCCAACAAGCUCCACAGUGAGGUGGAGAAACCCCUCCUCAGCUUCAGAGGAGAACACUUCAAGAAAGAUCUGAAGAAAUACGACCAUCACAUCUCUGACCUGAGGAAACAGCUGGCCUCCAAGUACGCUGGUGUGGAGAAGGCUCGUAAAGCUCUGGCCGAUCGUCAGAAAGACCUGGAAGUGAAAACGCAGCAGCUGGAGGUGAAACUGAGCAACAAGACAGAAGAAGACAUCAAGAAGGCUCGCAGGAAAUCCACCCAGGCAGGCGAUGACCUCAUGCGUUCUCUGGACCUGUACAACCAGACUCAGUGCAAAUGGUUCGAGGAGAUGGUCACCAGCAGCAUGGAGCUGGAGAAGCUGGAGGUGGAGAGGAUCGAGUUCAUUCAGACUCAUCUGCGACAGUACACUACGCUGAGACACGAGACCGACAUGUUCAACCAGAGUACGGUGGAGCCGGUGGACCAGCUGCUGCAGGCCGUGGACCCGGCAAAAGACCGCGAGCUCUGGGUUCAGGAGAACAAGACCGGAGACGUGCGUCCCAUCGACCUGGACAUUUAA